UUUAUUAAACUAAUUUCUAUGGUUGAGCAAUUUAAAUUUUUGGACGAAAAAAGAGUUUGUUUUCAGUUUUCGUAUUUCACAUUUUUUCAUUUUUAGAACGAUUGAAAUAAUCAGUUGAUGGAUUUCAUGAUUUCCGAAUUACUACACGUAUUCAGAUUUUACUUUGUGAUUAACUAACAGCAUUCUUACUCAGGUUCAUUACAUUACAAAUUUCUCUUAAAAAAAAGUAAUUCAAAAUGGAUCAAAUGCUUCCGAGUCCAGGUUUCAGCAUACCCAGUAUAGGUACACCAUUACAUCAGCCAGAAGAAGAUCAACUGAUCUUGCCAAAUGCCCUCCAACAGCAACAACAACAGCAAUCCGUUUCACAAAUUCCACCUUUGGCCCCAAUGAAUCCAGGAGGACUCACGCCAACAUUGGGUUUAGGAAUGGGAAUGUCAUUGCCCCAACAUAAUCAAACGAAGUAUUUACCAGGAUUUUCACAUAUGUCUAGUAUAAUGGGACAAACACCUCAACAUAGCAUGAUGUCCCCUAAUGUUAGUGCCAGUAUGCCAAUAUCUAAUGCUGGUUCCACACCUACAAUGGGCCCAGCAACACCUGCACCUAUGACUCCAAUGACCCCUCAUUCUGCAGAUCCUGGUAUAGUUCCACAAUUACAGAAUAUAGUUUCGACAGUGAAUCUUAACUGUAAGUUAGAUUUGAAGAAGAUAGCAUUGCAUGCUCGUAAUGCUGAGUACAAUCCAAAACGAUUUGCUGCAGUGAUAAUGCGUAUUCGUGAACCUCGUACAACUGCUCUGAUAUUUUCUUCUGGAAAAAUGGUCUGCACAGGAGCUAAAAGUGAGGAAGAUUCCCGAUUAGCUGCUAGAAAGUAUGCUCGUAUCAUACAAAAAUUGGGAUUUCCAGCAAAGUUUUUAGAUUUCAAAAUUCAAAAUAUGGUCGGAAGUUGUGAUGUCAAGUUCCCUAUUAGAUUAGAAGGUUUGGUUUUGACGCAUAGUUCUUUCAGUUCAUAUGAGCCUGAAUUAUUUCCUGGUUUAAUUUACCGUAUGGUGAAACCAAGGAUUGUACUUCUUAUUUUUGUUUCUGGUAAAGUUGUUCUGACUGGUGCGAAAGUUAGGAGAGAAAUUUAUGAAGCCUUUGAUAAUAUCUAUCCUAUUUUAAAAAGUUUCAAGAAGCAGUAAGAUUUAAUUGUUGUAGAAUAAGAUUAUUUUAAUGUGAUAUGAUUAAUAGAACACUAUGUGUUUUAUCAUUUAUUUUGAUAAAUAAUAUUUGAAAA